AUUGCGGGGAUCUUAGCUGGGCGGCAGAGCUUGUGCGCGCCAGAGAAUCCGGUUCCAUGCCCGUAUUCCGCGCUAUGGGAGGUAUAUUUUGCCAUUUCCCCCCAGCAAUGGACGUCAGCCCUGGAAUUGUGCUUCUCUUCUUUCAAUUGACCUCCCUGCUGAACCGCGCGCAGAGCUGAGGUUCCCUGAAUGAACAUCGGGCCCUACGCGUGGGAGAGUUGAGCAAUUGGGCCAUCAUGGCGAGGACUAGCUUUCUAACAGCUGCUUCCUUGCUGUCGUCCUUCCAGACGUUGACGAGUGCGCAGACGACUUCGAACUCAGCAGAUGGACUAGGACCCACCGCCCAGCCAUCGUCCUCGGUAACAGUUGGAAUAGUAGACAUAAGCGGCACGCCGACCACCUACCGCUCCGUCUUUACGAUACCAGCAUCCGCCGACGAGGGAGCGAAUGUCCUGCCCAAUAUCGAAGACCCACAAGCCGCCGAUCCUCAGGAUGUCUGCCCUGGAUACAAGGCAUCGCAUGUACAAGAGGACGAGUAUGGCUUGAGCGCGAUCUUGACGCUCGCUGGAGAGCCCUGUAAUGUCUAUGGGACUGACGUGGAGGUUUUGAAUCUGAAGGUGGAGUAUCAGGCCGCGAAUAGGCUGGUCAUUAACAUCAGUCCCGCGAACGUCGACUCAUCGAACUCGUCUUGGUACAUCUUGCCUGAAGAGCUCAUUCCCCGCCCGAAGCCAGAUUCGACCUACGGAGACAUUGAUCUUGAAUUCGACUGGGACGAUAAACCCUCCUUCUGGUUCAGCGUCACGCGCCACUCUACCGGCGACACCAUCUUCUCGACCGAGAACAUGAAACUGAUCUACGAAGAUCAAUUCAUCGAGUUCGUCUCGCACUUGCCCGGUGAUUAUAACCUCUAUGGCCUUGGGGAGCGCAUUCAUGGAUUAAGGCUCAACCACAACCUCACAGCCACCAUCUACGCUGCAGACGUAGGUGACCCGAUCGAUAGGAACAUCUACGGAAGCCACCCGUUCUACCUCGACACCCGGUACUUCGAGACGGACAGCGAAGGUAGGAAGAAGCUGGUGAAGAAAUCUGAGAUCGACGAGCGUGGAUACGGAGGCAAUGGUCACGGUGGUUCCAACUACGAGUCUUACUCUCAUGGUGUUUAUCUUCGAAACGCUCACGGCCAGGAAGUGAAGCUGCAACCAGAGAAUAUCACAUGGAGGACACUAGGAGGUAGCAUUGACCUCUUCUUCUUCGACGGCCCCAGCCAGCCGGAAGUGACGAAGCAGUAUCAGACUUCGGCGAUUGGUUUGCCAGCUAUGCAAGCGUAUUGGUCCUUUGGGUUCCACCAGUGUCGGUGGGGUUACCAAAAUUGGACGGAGUUGAGGGAAAUCAUUGAUUCGUUCAAGGAGUUUGAUAUUCCGCUUGAAACUGUUUGGCUUGAUAUCGACUACAUGGACCAAUACCGCGACUUCACUCUAGAUCCGGUGACCUUCCCACCGUCGGGCGUCAAGGACUUCUUCGACUACCUCCACGGUAAUAACCAGCACUUUGUUCCAAUCGUCGACUCUGCAAUCUACAUCCCCAACCCCCAAAAUGCUAGUGAUGCAUACGAUACAUAUACGCGAGGCAACGCAUCCGGUUCAUUCAUGACCAACCCGGAUGGCAGUCAAUACAUUGGGGCUGUAUGGCCUGGGUAUACCGUCUUUCCUGAUUGGAUGUCUCCAAACGGCGUGAGCUGGUGGAUUCACGAAAUGGUCGAAUGGUACAAAGAAGUCCCCUACUCUGGCUUCUGGGUCGAUAUGAGUGAAGUAUCUUCCUUCUGCGUCGGCUCGUGCGGUACUGGCAACGUCACUAUGAAUCCUGUGCACCCACCCUUCGCCUUACCUGGCGAGGUCGGAAACGUCAUCUACGACUAUCCCGAAGGCUUCAACAUCACGAACGCUACCGAGGCUGCUUCCGCUUCGUCAGCAUCGUCGAGCCAGGCUGCGGCUACGAGCACUGAAGCGGGACCUACCAGCUCCACAACAACGAGCUACUUGAGAACUACCCCUACACCCGGCCAGAGGAACGUGGACCAUCCACCAUAUGUGAUAGAUCACGUGCAGGGCGACCUGGCAGUCCAUGCUGUUGCUCCAAAUGCGACGCACGCGAACGGCAUGCAAGAGUACGACGUCCAUAACGUCUGGGGACACCAGAUCCUCAACGCAACCUACCAAGGCCUCCUCUCCGUAUUCCCUACCAAACGCCCCUUUAUAAUCGGCCGCUCCACCUUCGCGGGCUCCGGUAAAUGGGCAGGCCAUUGGGGCGGCGACAACGCCUCGAAGUGGUACUACAUGUACUUCUCCAUCCCGCAAGCUCUAUCCUUCUCGCUCUUCGGCAUCCCCAUGUUUGGCGUGGACACUUGUGGCUUCAACGGCAACACGGACUAUGAGUUGUGCUCGCGCUGGAUGCAGUUGAGCGCCUUCUUCCCCUUCUACCGCAACCACAAUGUGCUUAGCGCCAUUCCUCAAGAGCCGUUCCGCUGGGCCAGUGUGGCGAGCGCUACAAAGGCGGCUAUGCAGAUCCGGUAUAGUCUGCUGCCGUAUAUGUACACGCUCUUCCACGAAGCUUCUACUACAGGCAGCACCGUCAUGCGCGCCCUAGCGUGGGAGUUCCCCAACGAGCCGCAGCUCGCAGGCGUAGAUACACAGUUCCUGCUCGGUCCGAGCAUCCUCGUGACACCGGUACUAGAACCCCAGGCCGACACCGUGAAAGGCGUCUUCCCCGGUGUGAUCGACGGGGAGUGCUGGUACGACUGGUACACUGGCGAGAGGGUCGACGCGCAGGCUGGCGUGAACACAACUAUCGACGCACCCUUAGGCCACAUCCCCGUCUUCAUCCGCGGCGGCUCCGUGCUGCCGCUGCAAGAACCCGGCUACACGACGACGGAAUCGCGGAACAAUCCCUGGGGACUCGUCGUCGCGCUUUCCGACGACGGUGACGCAACGGGUUCGCUUUACGUCGACGAUGGUAUCUCGCUCGAACCGAACGCUACCUUGAGUAUACAGUUCGCGGCUACGGAUGGGCAGUUGAAGGCGAAUGUUACGGGCGACUAUGCGGAUAGCAAUGCGUUGGGUAAUGUGACGGUGCUCGGUGUCUUUGAUGGCUGCGGGAGUAUCAAGUUGAAUGGGGAGACGGUGGAUGAGAGCAAGGUAGAUUAUGAUGGGGAUGCGGGCGUGCUGAAGCUGACGGGGUUGAAUGAUUUGACGAGGGGGGGCGCGUGGAAGGGGAGCUGGACGUUGAGUUGGCAGUAGGCCCGCUUCUCAUCCGGUGAAGACAUAUUGGGGCUGGGCUGAGCAGGAGGCUUGCGCUCAUUGAGAGUAUAAUGAUAGCGU